ACAUGUGUAAACAAGAAGCGGGGCAUGUUCUAAAAUACGUGACGCGUGUACAGUAAUAUGUUAUAGUUUGUAUAAGAUUGGUAAACAAAAAAAGUCCUUAAAAAAUACAUCGAUAUUGAUCGAAAAUGGCGUCCUCGGAGGCGCAGUAUGAGAGCGACGAUGGCAUGGACGAGUUCAUGGACAAAUUCAAAACCCAAAGAUAUAAAAAUGCCUUCACUGAAAACAACUGGGAAGAGGAGUUUGAUAAAGUCCCCAUGUUCAUGAAAAAAGCCCCUGAAGAGUUUGACUCAGAAACACACCCAGAACUAGCUUGUCUACAGGCCAUCAUCCAUGAUGAAGAUCGACCCCCACAAGAGCAAGCAAAGAGCCUGAAGGACGAGGGAAAUGCGUUUUUCAAAGAGAAGAACUACCAAAAGGCCAUUCUGUCCUACACAGCGGGUUUAAAGAAGAAAUGUGGCGACCAGGAGCUCGACACGGUCCUCCUCACCAACCGAGCCGCAGCUCACUUCCACCUGGGCAACAUGCGCUCUGCACUGAAUGAUGCUGCAGCUGCAAAGAAGAUCAAACCAGACCACCUUAAAGCCUUGGUCAGAGGUGUCCAGUGUUGUAUAGAGCUGCGCAUCUUUGCAGAUGCCAUCCAGUGGUGUGACGAGGGACUCAAGGCCCAUCCGAAUGACAAGAAGCUGCAGGAGCUGAGAGCAGCAGCAGAUAAACACAAGAGAGCAGCAGAGAGAGAUGCCAGGAAGGCCAAGGCCAAAGAAAAAAAGCUGUAUGGUGAAAAAGAAGCUCUUCUGGCUGCUGUAAAGGAUCGAGGCAUCAAGCUCCUGCAGCCUGCGCAGCCUCGUCAGCAUGGUUCAGACAGCGAGGAUGAGGAUGAAGGCUCCUCAGCAGCGAUACGGCAGCUGAGAGUGGACGGCCUCAGCUCUCAGGAGGUCACGGGGGCUCAGGUCUUCCUGGACGAGCAGGGCUCCCUGCACUGGCCUGUUCUUAUCCUCUAUCCUGAACACCAGCAGAGUGACUUCAUCUCUGCGUUCUGUGAGAACAACUGUUUUCUAGAUCACCUGACGGUCAUGUUUGGAGAAGAGCUUCCACCUUGGGACACAGACAGAAAAUAUCAUCCACAAAAUUUGCAGCUGUACUUUGAAGACGAGCAGAAGGAGAGGCUCUACCAGGUGAACCCCGAGACGUCACUUUUGAAAGUGUUGCAGCAUAAAAGGUUUUUUGUCAAGGCGGGCACUCCCAGUUUCAUCGUUCUGGUAAAUGGUUCCCCUUUCUGGAAGAAGUUUUUAACAGGGAAGAAAGUACAAGGAUUGUGAAAACACAGGCCUUCGAGUCUUGGGACUUUAAUACACACAAUUUGCUGACUUUGUUCUGGAAAACUAGGACACACUGUUUGACAGCAAAUACCAAUUUACUAUAUAUGAACACAAAACAAAUCAGAUCUGUAAAUGUAGUCCAUGUGGUUUCUUUCUGUCUGUACAAAUAUAACCUGCAGAUUGAAAACGGUGAGAAGACAUUUGACUCAAGUUCUGAAUUAUACAAAUUAAUGACAAGAACAACAAAAUGUGUAAAAGGUGGAAAUGAGUGAUGCAAGUGCUUGUAAGUAAACAUGAAAAAAGGACAGCAAAGCCUUCUGACUCUCCCUCACAUUUUUAAAGACUAGUGAGUCCCUGAAUCGUCUCGGUGUUAGUCAACAUCAAAAGCCAUAUAAUCUCUAGUUCAGCUUUAUUAUCCAGUAAGGAAAUGACCUUUUACAGCAUUAUUCAAUGGAAGAGAUGUGAAGAAGUUCUGCUUUUAGGAGAAGACGUCCACCUGGCCUGUUGCUCUUUUCCUCUGCCUAGUCCACACAUACAGCAGUAGGUAAUCGGAAACUUAGCUUUUUGAAAACUCUGUGCAGGGUGAGAGAUAGUCAAGCUUCUGCAGUGUGGACAGGAAAAACUGGGUUUUUGGCCUGCGACAACAUGGUGUGCUCCUUUUGUCUGAUUUGUUAGGUGUGGUUCAGACCUUCGCCACAUAAGGCUCACACCUGGAGUUGCAGUAUUAAACAUACUAUGCAGAUGAUUAAUGUUGGCCCAGCUAGGUGUUUGAAUGCAGGUGAUUAAACCAGCUUUUUGUCUUUCUGUCAUGAUGAUGUGCUGGAGUACAUUACAAGAGACAGCUCAGCCCAGCGUGAAUGCAUGGCAGGCAUGAAUGACUUAUUAAUAAGAUGCUCUUGCCAAGUCAAGCCUCAGCCUUUCCUCAUGAGCUCUUCAUAAUCAUAAGAACAUCAGGCUGUAUGGAAGAAUCUCUCAUACAGAGUCGUUUUUUCGUGGGUCAUACGAGUAAUCUAACAGAAACAAACUUAACUAAAAAAUAUAAAAUAGAUAUUAAGACAAACUUAAUG